AUGGAAGCUACACAAAAUGCCCACAAAGUCUCAUACAAUAUUAUUCACACGUUUGACACAUUGGAGACUAGUCUUGUCGAUGCUCUUUCGUCCAUGAUUCCUCAUGUUUACACGGUUGGUCCAGUUCAGUUACUUCUUAAUCAGAUUCCGGCAAAGGAAAGACAAGCUAAACUGUCGAAUUUCAAUGGAUACAGCUUAUGGAAAGAAGAACCAGAGUGUUUGCAAUGGCUCGAAUCCAAGGAAUUAAACUCUGUGAUUUAUGUGAACUACGGGAGUUCAACAGUAAUGUCUUUACAAGAUCUUAUGGAAUUUGGGUGGGGACUUGCUAAUAGCAACCAUUAUUUCCUUUGGAUAAUUAGAUCGGAUUUGGUUGUUGGAGAAUCCGCAGUUUUGCCUCCUGAGUUUGAGGAGGUUAUUAAAAAGAGAGGUUUUAUAGCAAGCUGGUGUCCACAGGAAAAGGUGCUGGACCACCCUUCGGUUGGAGGGUUCUUGACUCAUGGUGGUUGGGGUUCCACCAUCGAGAGCUUGUCCGCUGGUGUACCAAUGAUAUGUUGGCCUUAUUUGUGGGACCAACUGACUAAUUGUAGGUAUAUAUGCAAGGUAUGGGAGGUUGGGAUGGAGAUGGGCGAAAGAUGUGAAAAGGGAUGA